AAUAUAGUUAACACAAGCCAUAGAGCAGCCCUGCAGCACGCCAACGCCACAUCCUGCGGGUACUUUGUGUCACAAGACUCAUCCUUUGGCAAUCAAAUCUUACCUGUUCUACCUCGGUUCGACUCUAAGUGACGCUAAAUAGAUAUAUUAACCAAUCAGAAUGUCAGCAGUGUUGAAGCUGAAGGUGCUGGAGGGGCACCUGCAGGAGCUGAGUGGGUUCUCUGUGCCCAAGCUGGAGCUGGAGCAGUACAUCACUCCGCCGCACAUUGCCGCUGUUGCUCUAUACACCAUACAGACACAAUACGAGGGCAUAGAAGACAAGCUAGUUCUAGACGCAGGGUGCGGGCCGGGCAUGCUGGGACUGGGUGCGGCCAUGCUUGCAGCCGGGGCAGUGACAGCUGUGGACAUUGACCCUGAUGUCCUCACAACUUUCAGGGAAAAUGUGGAAGAGAUGGAGAUUGCCAAUGUAGAUGCAGUGCAGUGUGAUUUCCUUGGGCCUUGUGUUGGGAAAUGGGAGAACUACUUUGACACAGUUCUAAUGAAUCCUCCAUUCGGCACGAAGCACAACGCGGGGAUCGACAUGCGCUUCCUGCAGCGAGGGCUCGACCUCAGCUGCGACAGCGUCUACUCACUGCACAAGUCUUCUACCAGAUCGCACAUACAGAAGAGAAUAAAAGAAUGGGGAGUCAAAGGCAGCGUGAUAGCAGAACUGAGGUACAACUUGGAGGCUUCAUACAAGUUCCACAAACAACAAAGCAGAGAUAUCGCAGUGGAUCUAUGGAGGUUGCAUCACACCUAGCACUAGUAAUGAGGUCAUAAUCUUGCAGUUUCAUACAAUGAAAUAGAGUUAAAUUUACUCUGACUAUGGAGAUCAUUAGGGAGAAAGAGCGUGGAAAUAGCUUGUUUUGUACAUUGACUAAUUUAAAUAAACAUGUUGAU